UUUAAAGAAGUUUCUUACAAGAUAUCCAGCAGAAUCGUGCCGUGGAGCGUUUAAUGCAAGUCCACUUUUCUCUGCCUUUUCUUGGAUUUCUAUCACAGACAGGAUCUCUGCAGCACUAUGGUUCUUACAGAUGACGGAUGGGAGAAUAAGGGUUUGCAGGAUUUGUUUCUUCAACUUAUAAAACUCAGUUAUUGUCCACAUCUUUGCUUUUACAACCUUGCAUAUGUCUAUAGUCUAUUUGAGACGGGAGAGGCACUUUUUAUUCAUUCUUCGUCUGGCAGAGCGCAGAGUGAACUCAGAGGAUGAAAGACUCGGACGGAACAGGACUGCUCACUCUUCUUUUUCUAAACAAACAGGUCAAUUCAUUCUGAACAGACUGCGGUUUAUUACAAUGACGGCCUGGCAAAAGGCAAAAGGGCUUUAGGAUGAAAGUUGUGAAGCGUCUCUCUCUUCUGCUGAGCUGCUGGACUCUCAUUUACCUGCAUCCCGUCUUCGGUUCACUCAGCCGGACCAGACCGACCGAGCACCACCGCCACCGGCUUGGAGAGGCAGCGGAGCGCACGGCAGGCGGCGGCGAAGGAGAUCAAGCCAACGUAAGAGCCGGCGGAGGAAUCGGUGUGUCUACACCGGCAGCGGGGAGGCAACUGGCGACCGCUUCUGGGACGUGGAAACCUUCAUCAGUGAGUCCGCUGAGGAUUACGCGGAUCCGCGCAGGCCCGCCCUUAAUAAAGGGCGAGACGACUGUUAUUAAAAGCAAAUUUACAGCGGGGACAUCUCCGUCCUCAUCCUCGCCAUCGCGCGCCGAGGCCGUGCCGGUGAACCGUGCACAGCAGCAACAACAACAACAACGGGACACAUCAGUUAACUUAGGGCGCAAAGAGGCUGUGCGCUCCUGGCUGCCCGUCGGGGAUGCUCACAGCAAAACGCAUGCUCCCGCGGCUUUUAGCGCACAUGCAGCAGGUAAAGGAGUCGGGACUGCUGAUGGAAGGGGAGGCUCACCGGGGAAACACUUUGGGAAAGUUGCUUCCAGAGCGAGUGCAGCUGCUCCAGUGCGCACCGGGCCUCCCCAAAGAGCCACCGCUGCGCAAACGCAGCAGCAGCAGAACGCGGGUCCGGUGGCGCAGCGGGGAGCCAGCAACAAGGCCCAGAAACUUGGUGACCGGGAAGCGCAUCACAAACAGCCGCUGGUCACUCCUCAUGACUACAUGCUGUCGCUGUACUGGUCUCUGUCCACAGGGGACCUGAACAGCAGCGCUCUGCACGAAGCGGGUCUGGCCAACACCAUCACCAGCUUCGUGGAUAAAGGACAAGAUGAGCGUGGGCCCCAGCUGAGACGGCAGAGGUAUCACUUCAACAUCAGCUCUCUGGAACGAGACGGGCUCCUGGGGGCCGAGCUACGCAUCCUGAGGAAGCGCCUGUCUGACCCUCGCAGAGCCUCAAUGGGAUCCACAGCCGCUGAUGGAGGAGGAGGGGGUGGAGGAAGCUUGUCCCCAUGCCUGAAGCUGUACACCUGUGCUUCAGGUAAACAACAGGCAGUUCUGCUCCAGACAAAGACCGCGGAGGAUCUGCUGAGUGGAGGCGGAUUUGGCAGCAAAUGGGAAGUGUUUGACAUAUGGAAAGUCUUCAAGGGCUUCAAAAACCAGCAGAACCAGCAUUCCCAGCAGCUGUGCUUUGAAUUUGAGGCCCUGGAGCACAGAGGCGGUCGGCCCAUGGACCUGCGCACUCUGGGGUUCGCCAGAUCCGGCAGGACCAACAAGGAAAAGGCCUUCUUCCUGGCGUUUGGCAAAAGCAAGAAGCGUGACCUUUUCUACAACGAGAUCAAAGCGCGGUCAGGGUAUGACAACAAAACCGUCUACGAAUACCUGUUCACUCAGCGACGAAUGCGCCGAGCUCCUGCUGCAAGGGGGGCUAAAAAGCCGCAGCCGCAGCAGCAGCCGCCACAGUCCCUCCCCCAACUACCGGUGGUGAAGACGCAGACAAGGUCGCGGUGUCACAGGAGACGACUCCACGUGAACUUCAAGGAGAUGGGCUGGGACGACUGGAUCAUCGCACCGCUGGAUUACGAGGCUUUUCACUGCGAUGGCGUCUGCGACUUCCCCAUCCGCUCGCACCUUGAGCCGACCAACCACGCCAUCAUACAGACCCUGAUGAACUCCAUGGACCCAGAUUCGACGCCGCCCACCUGCUGCGUCCCGACACGACUCAGCCCAAUCAGCAUACUCUACAUCGACUCCGCCAACAACGUCGUCUACAAACAGUAUGAGGACAUGGUGGUGGAGUCGUGCGGUUGCAGGUAGCAAAGAAAGGCGAGACGAAGCGCCAGAACAAAAGACAGUGUCUGCCCUUCAUUUUGAGGAAAGAUGGAUUUGUUUGUUAAUAUUAUAACCAAACCUAAAAUGGGAAGAUCAACACUGAGAACCAUUCAGUUGACUGGGACCGAACUCACUGCUAUGUAACAGCCAUUACUCUUCACAGUCAAGUGGACUGUCAGACUGCAUACCAAAGGCUGUUACACACUGUUAAAGACUAAACAGAGAAAGAUAAACUCGUUGGAGGUGAUGCUCUGUAACACCCACUCACUGUUGAUGUUGGUGGCGAUGAGAAAGAUGCAUUUGAGAGAAGCGAAACACUUUUUGGAUUAAAAAAGACUUCUCACAUUAGGCUCAAACUGAUUUUUACUGCUUCUGUUGUCUCUCUUCUGACUUGUAUCUGUGUCCUGAUUGGUGUAAAAAGUUUGUGUGUAACAGAAAUGCUAUUGAACUAUUAGUGAACUAUACUCAGAAAUGCCCUUUUUCCAGCACUUAUCUGCCAUUGUGCCUUUGCCCAUUCAGAUGUACAAUGAAGAGUAAUUUGUGUGUCUUGUCCAAGAUGUUUUUAUAAAGCAUGUAAGGAAUUCCUGAUGUAUAAAUACAGGCCAGUGAUGAAGUGCAUAUCUGACCUGCCCCAAAUGUGGGAAAGUUGCAUAAACUACUCUUCAAUAAAAAAUGUCUAAUUGA